ACUUUACUAAAUUUUCUUUAAUAUAAAAAUAAUAGUAAGAAUAUGUAAUGUAAGCAAAAUAUCCCAUAGCAUAAUGAAUAUAUAUUUACUCUUUCCAACGAAAGGUAAGUAAAAUUUUCUAGCAAUUUUGAUUCUGGAAACUGUGGUAACGUAGUGAUGCUUUCUAACACAGAAUUUGAAAUAGACACUUCUCCAGAUUUUGACUUAACAAGCUAGACAGAAGGAUGGUCAAAAAGUUGGUUUUAUUUUAGUGUUACAGGACUGAAUUGUAAAGCAAAAUUUAAUAUCCUUCGUUUAAAAAUGCUAUAUAAUUUAUGGUCGAAUGCCAAUAUAAAUUCAUACAGACCAGUAUUCAGAGUAGGAGAAGAAGGGGAGUUUAGCAGAUUUAAAGGACCCAUAAAUUUAGUUUAUGAUGAAAAAGAUAAUGUUUUAAAACUAACUUUUUAGUUUGACUUCUCAACAACUCAAGAUCAAAACGUCUAUUUUAGUUUUAGUUAUCCCUAUUCCUAUUAAAGAAAUAUUGAGUUUAUAGAUUAAUUAGCUAAUUAAUAUUCAAAUGAUCCAGAUAUCUAUUUCAAUAGAGAAAUUUUAACUUACACACCUUAGUUAAGGCUCAUCAAUCUCCUAACUAUAUCAUCUCAUGAUGAUAAGCUACCGUAAAAAGAAUCUUAUAUCAGUGAUGCCUUAUUUCCAGAAAGAGAUUUUGAGUAAAGGGCUGUUAGGUUCAAGCCUAACAAACCAAUUGUUCUUAUAAGUGCAAGAGUGCAUCCUGGAGAAACUCCAGCCAGUUUUGCACUAGAGGGUUUUCUAAAGUUUUUGUUAAAUAAAAAUGACCUCAGAGCUGUUUUAUUAAGAAAAUAUUUUACGUUUUGGGUAGUUCCAAUGCUGAAUCCUGAUGGAGUUUAUUGUGGUCACUAUAGAAUGGAUAUAUACAAUUAAAAUUUAAAUAGAUUUUAUCAAGUAGCAAAUAACUCAAAAUAACCUUCCAUAUAUGCCAUGAAAAAAAUUAUUUGCUAGCUCUCUUUAGAAGGAAGGCUUUUUUUCUAUAUGGAUUUUCAUUCUCACGCAGGAAAAAAAGGAACUUUUCUUUAUGGAAAUGCUAUUGAAGAAUUCUCUCAGCAAGUAGAAAAUCAAGUCUUCGCAAAAAUUAUGGCAAUUAACGAUCCACAUUUCGAAUACAAUUAUUGCAACUUUUCAAAAGCCUAAAUGAAAUCCAAAGAUAGAUAAGAUGAUUUAACAAAAGAGGGUUGUGGCAGAGUUUUUGUUUAUUAAACUUCAAGGAUAGUGCAUAGUUAUACUUUGGAAUGUGGCUUCCAUCAUGCUACUUAAUUGAAUCCUAUAGCUCCGUGUUCUAAUGGGGAAUUUAAAGUAAAUAUUGAGGGAAAGGAAUACAAGCUAGAUGAAAAUGAUAAAAAUUUAACGUUAUAAAAUUUUUAAAUUCAAAAUGGUGAAGGAGGCGUUAAUUACUUCACUCCUUAGAUGUUUGAGGAAUCAGGCAAAGCUGUAUUAAUUAGUUUGUUAGAUGUUUAUGAAAAAAAUCCUUAUUCAAGAAUUGCAAAUACUUCUUAUAGCAAUAUAGAAAAUAUUAGAAAAGAAACUGCUGCAGAAGUUGCUAGAUCAGAUAGAAUAAGGUAAGAAGAUGCUCAGUCGUACAGCAAAGCUAAAAACAUUAUAAAUCUAAUUAAUGAGAAUUUUUUUUCGAAAAUUGAACAAAUGAGAAUUUUUAAUCUGAAAGAAAAUAUAGAUUGGCCUUUAAAUAUUAAAGACAGUAUGACUAAAAAGUACACAGGAUUUAAUCUUCCUGUUUAAAACACUUCUCCUUAAAAUAAGUUCAAAAAAAAUAUUCAAAACAGAGGUCCUCUUAUUAAUGCAUCAAAGGUUCAAAGACACAAGCAAAAUAAUAACUCAAUUAGUGGAUCAACAGGAAUCAACAACUUAGGUGGGAACUGUUAACUUGCAUAAAGUUUUGAUGUCGAUAAUAAUUUUAUUCCUUGUAGGAGAAAUUAAUCUUAGCAUGAAGAAACUUCUUAGAGCUCUAAUUUGAUCAAAACUUAAGUAGAGCCUCAAUUUGAAUAAUUGUAGGGAAUAAAUUAGAAUAUUCUUUCUGUAGGAUCUAAGAAAAAUGUGUAUGUAACACCUGCCAAUAAUUUGUCUAAUAUUUCAUCUACUAUUCUCAGUGGCAAAGAAUAUAUGUAAAAUAAAUCACCUACUGAGCAGGGUUAUCAGUAGCGAUCACCUGUUGAUACUAAAAAAGGUGGCUAAAAUAAUUACUAAAAAGGAAAUGUGGUUAUCGUAAUGGGAUAGUCGUCUAAUUAAAAACAAUCGGAUUAGUAAAAUGUAAAUCAGCAGUAGUAAUAUUUAAAUAGAGUAUAAUCAAAACGCUAAAGAUGUCUUACAGAUGUAGACAAUCAAAAUUAUAAUGGAUAGAUUCAGUAACUAUCUUUAUAUCCUACAAAGAUUCCUUCUUUUUCUCCAACAAUUUAUAAUAACAAUAAUAAUAGUCCUUAAGAUCCAGAAUAACGAUAAAAGCUACUUUAGUUAAUAAAUUAAAAGUAAAGCAACACUUUAUCAAUAUAGCAAUAAAUACCAAUCUAAUAACCAACCAAAAAUUAGAAUCUCUUAAGUCUAAAUAAUACUUUUUCAGUUUCUACUUAACAAAACUUUAUUCCAGAUUCAAAGAUUUUAAAUGAUUACUAAAAUUUUAACACAAAUUACAAUGAGCCUUCUAUUCUUUAUGAAAAUUCAUAGCAAUCUACAUUUAAUGAAGAUUCUAAAAAGAUGCUGAUAGAUCAAAAAAAUUAAACUUCAUUUCAAUAGUAAAACAGCAGCUAAUAAAGGUCCCCAACUAAAAACUAUUCCUAGAUGCGAUAGAGAGGAAGCUAGUCUUUAUAUCAAGAUUCUCUAAAUGUAUUGAAUGAUUAGAUAAACUAAGUAAAAUAAUAAGUAGCGAGCUCGUAUUAUUAAGAAAACAAUCCUAUUUUUGGAAACGAAAAAGCAACUAAAACGACUUCCACCACAGUUACUUAAGCUACAAUAAGGGAGUUUAUAUAGCAUGAAAUAUAAUUAAUUCAUUAGCAAUAAAAUUAAUAAAUUGAUAUAAAUAGAAUUAAUUCUAAAAGAAAAAAUAAUUGCAAAUCUUAAAAUGACAAGAAUUAACCUCCUCAUUCAGAUGGAGUGUUGCAAAUUAAAUAACAUGAAAAAACUGUCUCGUCAACAUCAUCUAAUUCUUCUAAUUCAAAUGGUGAUGUAAGUUCAAAUAUUCCAACAGAAUAUUUUGAUAAGUAUUUUCAAUCAUCAUAAAAUAAUUACCAAUUUCAAGAAGAAACAGACAAUAAAAAGAUUUUUAAUUAAGUCGUAAUCAGGGCAGGUAAAUCUAAACAAGCUCUAUUAGAUAAAGAAGAGUAUAACAAAUACAUGGAAAAAUUGUAAAACUACUUCAAUUCUAUGAGUAUCAAGCAAAAAAUUAUAGAAUCGGAAGUUAUUUAGAAUUAAAAUUUAAGGAGUCCAAAUUAACUCUUGAACACCAGCGAUUUUCCUGCAUUUCAAAAUCAUAGGAAUUCCGCAACGCCUUAAAUGAUUUCAGAAAAAUAAAUCAACUCUUAAAAUGCUAUUUCUUCAUAAGUUGAAAGGAGUAAACAAAGAACUAAAAAUCAUUCAUAGGAAAAUGAAAGUAGAAACCUAAUAAAUAGAUAACACAGAUUCAAUUCAAUCAAACAAGUAAAUUGUUUAUAACAAACUUUGAAUCUAGCUGGAAAUUAUCAACAAUAAAACUCAGGAUCACAGCUCUAACAGCAAGUAAAAAGCCUUUCAAAUACUUAACCAAAUGAAAAAUUAACUAAGAAAGAGUAAACUUAAGAAGAUUUCUAAGAAUUGCCUGCAAACAAAAAAGAGAACUCAAACUAAUAAAAAAAUAAUGAAAUUGUUGUUAAUAUAGCCGAUAUGAGUGAUUCACAAGUCGAUGAUUUCUCAAAAAGGAUAAAUUUUUUAGGAAGCAAUUUCAAAAGUGCUUUAUCUUCUUCUAAAAAUAACACCAAUGUUAAAGGUAACUCUCAGGUCGAUAGAUCAUUUGAUUCAAACUAUAAAUCAGGUUUAAAUUUUUUAAAUUACACAAAUAAUAUAAUAAAUUAAAUUACUCAGUCUGAAAUCAAAAUGCAAAGCGAUCUAUUUCGCACGAGAAACCAAUCAUCAGUUUCUCCACCAAUUAAAUAUCGACAAGCUCAAACCAAAUAUUAAAUAGCAAAAUAAACUCUGAAGAUACCUUGUCCAAGUAUAAAUGAAGUAGAUUAAUUGAACAAUGCAAGUUUUGUAACUCCCUACAACAAAAAUGCCAUUAAUAAUAAUAUCAAGCUUCAAGCAUAAGCAAAGACUUCUGGAAAAACAAAAUAGCAAAUAGCCAUAGGAUAGAGUAACCUUUCACCAGAGAAGUUUUCAUUAUCUGGCAUAAAUUAAAUGAACAAGAUAUUCAAGCUACCCAACUUAAAGAAUAAAUAAAAAAAUGAAAAAAUUUGA